UCAGAUGUCCAUGAUGGAGGUGGAUGAUGGGAGUCAACAAUAACAUUGUUUAUGGUGUCUUCUGAGCCUCCAUGUAAGCAGCAAACAUCAUAUAUAUGAUCAGUGUGUAGUGUUGUCUUCCAGUUGACUCACAGAUACUCACAAUUAAUGGUAAAUAUGAGUGAGAGAUGAGUUAGUCUUCACUAAGUCAACAACAACAACAACAACAACAGUGUUCAGCGGCUCCUUCACUCCCUCAUAAUUUAUUUUGUUUUCAUUUCUUAGAUGAGCAGCAUGGAUAGCUCUGAUACCCAUAGUCAAGGGGAAGAAUGGGAAGAGCCAAUGACCUCACCAGUUCAUAAUCCUGGUACCCCAGAUGAUCCAAUGAGUCCUGGGAAUACAGUUAGUUCAUGUCCAAUGUCUCCUCAGAAUCCACCCAGUUCAGGAGGUGACAUGAGCCCUGAAGGUUACCCUCAAAAUCCAACUAACCCUAUGAGCCCUGAAGGUAUUAUGAGCCCUGAAGAUGGUCCCAUGAGUCCAAAUGGCUCCAUGAGUCCUCAGACUCAGACUAGUCCUGAAAGUCGUAUGAAUCCACCAAGUUCACAGGGACUUAUGAGUCCAGACAAUACUCGGAGUCGUUGUGAUUCACUUAGUUCCAGAAGCUCUGCCAGUCGUGAUGGGCCAGUAAGUCCCAGUAAUCAUGAGAGCUUUGACCCACUAAGUCCACCAUAUCCAAGAAAUAAUGAUGAUCCAUCAAGAGAUUUUAGAAGUCAUGGUGGUUCAGUAAGCCCAGAAGAUAGAAGUCAAUAUAGCUAUUUCAAUCAGCAAAAUCCCAGAAGUCCUGAUAGUCCAGAAAGUCCAAGAGACUCAAGUCCUGACAGUCCAUUGGGUCAAAAUAAUCCUGAAAGUCCUGACAGUCAAUUGGGUCAAAAUAAUCCUGAAAGUCCUGACAGUCAAUUGGGUCAAAAUAAUCCUGAAAGUCCUGACAGACCAUUGAGUCCUGAGAGGCCAUUCAUUAGGAGCCCUAAUGAAUCUUUAAGCUCACAAAAUCAAAGAAGUACUGAAGGGUUAGGGAGUCCCAGGGUUCCUGGUAGCCCAGGUAAACCACCUAGCAUACAAGAACCAUUAAGCCUUAGAAGCCCAGAUAUGCCUGUCAGUCCAGAUUACCCACAUGUAUCAAAGAAUCCUACUAGUGUAAGACAUCUGGUCAGCCCUUCCAAUCCUGCAAGUGCAGAUGAGUCGUUUAACUGCAGAUCUUCAGCAGAUCCAAGAGAAGAUAAAGAAAAUUUUCAAGCAGACAGGCUAUCAGAAAUAUCAGAAGGUGAUUCAACACUUAAUGGUGAUGACGAUGAAGACCCAGUUAAAAAAUGUACUGCUGAGGAAAGUGUUCAGUGCAAAACAAAAGAUGGAAGUAAGGUAGAUGAAGAUCGAGGGAAGCCAUCUUCAAAGCGCAAAAGUGAUGAAGGACUGGGUGUGAGAGACGAAUUAGAUUUUGAAGCCGAAAGAGAAAGCGGUGAAGAGGAGGCAGAAGAAGGAGAGGAAGGUGAAGAAGGGGAGAAACGUAAGAAAAAACCUGACCCAGGAAAUCGGGAGGAUGGUGAACUGAGUGAUGAGGAGGAAGACGAUUCUUUGCUGCGGCAGGAACCCAAAACUGUGUGCAGGUGAAUUCUUCAAAAAAAAGGACAGUGCACAGGGGGCACAAACUGCAGGUUUUUACACCCAGGUGUAUCAGACAAAGGCAACUAUAACAUGUUUGCUCCUUCCAAACCCCAAGCUGCAAAUGACAAGGAGGAGGAGAGUGAGAGGGGAAGGACCCGAGAGGUCCGUCGCUUCGUUCCUGAACCUUCUCCAUUUGAAUCUGCAUGGGAACGGGGACUCCGCUAUGCUAAGGAGAUGAUGAAGCGUGCAAAUAAACGUAAAGAAACAGAUGCUGAUUUUGAAGAGAAACGUUUCAACCUCAGCUUAGGUCAAGCAGAACUAGAUCGUGAAAAUGACUACUACACUCGGCCAGCAUCACCCGUGUUCAAGCAGCCAGACGAGGUCAUUGAUCAAUAUCUUGAUCCAUAUGAAAAGCAGGCUAUCAGACAUUUCCGAGGCGGUCACUUUGAAAACUUUGAAGUUCGAUAUAAUGUAGAUCCAAGAUAUAUGCGUGGAGGUGGUCAGGAUAGAUCACGACGUGAGAAGUUCGAGCGUGAAGUCUCAGAGAGAGUUCAGCGGAGACCAAGAACAACUUCAGGUGGUGGUGAUGAAAGAUAUGUGCGCACUCGUGUGUGGCAAGAUGACCGCUACAUGGAAGUUGUGUCGUCUGGUGGAGGCACACGUGGGGAAGCAGAAGCUUGGGCCGACCCCUGGGCGCGACGCAAAACUCCGCCACGUUCCUCUAAAAAGAAAAAGACUUCCCGCACAAGAAGUUACUCCUCAGGUUCAUCAUCACAUUCAUCAUCAAGAUCUUCCCGGUCAUCAUCUUACAGUAGUGCUAGCAGAAGUAGAAGUGGAAGCAAGACCAGUAGGACAAGUUUGGCUAGUAGAAGUAGUCGUUCACGAUCAUCAUCACAUUCACCUUCUCCCGGUCGUCAUCGUUCCAACCAGCGUUCAGCAGCUCCAGGUUCUCGACCUAGUGAGAAGUCGAGCAUAAGGCCAGUUCCACCACCUUCCACGAGAGGAGGGCGACCACCCCCACCAUCCACUGGCCCUCACACUCGACCACCUAUACCUCGGAGACCUGAACCACGAGAUCCCAG